AUGGGAUCGUGCACGAGACGACACUUUCUGUUGUCAAUAUGCAUCCUGCAAUUGCUUUUCCUCAUCGAGCGGCAGGUGUUCGACUUCCUCGGGUACAUGUGGGCCCCGAUCCUGGUGAACUUCUUGCAGAUCCUGUUUGUGAUAUUCGGUUUCUUCGGUGCCUAUCAGUAUCGAUCCAGAUACAUCUUAGCGUAUACACUGUGGAGCCUCCUGUGGCUGGGAUGGAACAUCUUUCUAAUAUGCUUUUAUCUAAACAUAGGAAUUUUAGAUAGGGAUAGUGAUUUACUGAAUUUAGGCACCGGUAGCGUGUCCUGGUUCGAGGAAAAUGGCUACGGGUGUCGACCCACCUACCCCACCAAUGUCACGUCCGAGGAUCCUUACCGGCCGGUUCGGCCGGAAAAGGUCGACGGAUGUCUGAUCGAGUACCACAUCGUGGAGGUGGCGCAUGCAGGCGUACACUGUGCACUAGCGGUUUUCGGCAUCUUUGGGGCCAUCUGCUUGGGCCAAACGUUUCUCGACGAGGAUGACAGCUUCGAUUUUAUGAGCGGCGAUGCGAAGAGCCCGCAGCACACGGCCGUGCACCCCAUGUACGUGAGCUAUAGUAGUUUACCGACCACCAACAGUGCCAACUCGACACAGCUUAAGCAAGCGGCCAGCAGCGCCAAGCUGCUGCUGCUGACCGCCGGCAGCACCGGUGGCAGUGGGGAAGACGGAGGUGUAGGUGAAGCAGACGAAGCACGACGCGAUCGCGGAGUCCCGGGUGGUGUUGGGCUAGUUCUCGCGGGUUCGCAACACCCACCACCAUCGUCGUCAUCCCUGCCGGGUCAGCCGAACCUGCCGAAACGCGCUAACACCGGCGGAACCGGCAGUGGCAGCUUCGGUGACGUGCUGAAAGCCAAACUAAACGGGCACGGGCCACCGCCCAGUAACAGCAAUCACCACUCAUCACCCUCGAAUACUAACACACUGCUGUCAUCCUCAUCCUCACCGUCAUCCACGUUCACGAACAUCCACAGCAGCCCGCAGAGUCUGCACAACGUCGCUCACGCGCCCCACCAGCAGCAACACGCUCAGCACUCUCAGCCACAGCAACACCAGUUCCAGCAUGCCAAUGGGCACCCUAACGGGGGUGGUGCCCAUCUGCUGCGAAAGCCCAGCAGCAGUAGCAACAGCAUCAACAGUGGUGGAUCACGGGUGAUCUUGCUGCAGCAUCAGGACAGCUCGGAAUCAUCGCCACCACCAACGGUGCCGGUGCGAGGACUCAGCAGAAAUGCGAGCUUCAGCAAAGCGACGAGUUCGGUGAGGGAUCACACCCCGUUAAACAACAACCCGCUGCGGAAAAACAGCAGCAGUAGCGUGAGUAUCCUGCGGUAUGGUGAUCACCCUGGUGGUCAAGGGCGUCGAACACCGGAUCCGGAGGACGAUACGUUCUUUAUUCCACGCAGUGCGUCCUCGUAUCAAGCGCGAGCGGGCAAUUUCGGUAUCAGCAACCCGUUUAACAAUGUCGCGAUGGGACGGGGCGGACAUCGAACAGGUGUGAGCGGAACUGAUGCCAUCCUUGGAGAGCCUGAAGAUGGCCGACGGUUGCUGUUGCUGAGUGGAUCAGCUCAGCAGCUUGGCAGCUCGACGCCACAGAAGCGCAAUUCGCUUGUGGGUGUGAUGGUGCCCACGAAUGGGGGUGGAACGGCGGGGACGCCUGGUUCGUGGCAUGGGAGAGGAUCACCUGUCCCGCAAGUACCUCCGCUACCUCAGCACUAUCAGCGCAAGGGUUCGGAACCGGGUGCAAGUGGCACUGGAAAUGCGUACCUAACGCGAUCACCUAACCUCAAUCGGAUCGCGCGACGUCACAAUGGCAAUGUGGGAGGAACCGGGGGAAGUAACGCCUUGAACAACAAUGGACAUGUCGGAGGUGGUAGUGGAGCAGCAGGAGGAGGAGGAGGAGGAGGAGGAUUUCCACAAGGACCGACCAAUCGAAGUGGGAGUAACGGACGACUUCCGAGCACCGCGAACCAAUGCGAUCAGAUCCGGGAGGUGGGAAAACCGCUCGGGUAUUGUGCGGCUGCUGUGGCAUCAUCACCACCGGAAAACAACAACUUCCAGCAAGGAUUCGCACGGGCCAACAACACUCCAUCGGGCAUUCCGGUGAUGGUGAUGCAUCGCGCGAAAUCCCAGGAUCGGUUGGCGUACCGAAGUCGCCGACCAAGUCGGGGGUUCGUGGCGGGUGGGAUGGUCAAUGGGGGCGGUGGGUCCCACCAUCACCACCAUCAUCAGCAGCAACGGCCGCGAUCGUUCUGCAGCAACAACGGUGCCUAUCCGGAUUACGUGAUCCUGGAGCAUCCUGGGAACUAAAAACCCGUGAACGUGCGAAAG